UGUAUUUUUCUUCCUGGUACAUUCGGAGCUCUAUGGAGCGUAUUAUAUAAUUUAAGGAAAAAGUCAUAUAUGAUAUACAACGUAUUCCCGCCAUCUCCAUCUCCAACAUGAUAAGAUUUUAUUGCACUGGAGGAAGAGGAACAGAAAAGUUCAUUAAAACAGAAUUAGAGGAAAAACUGAGAGCACAAAAUAUUGAUGUCUCUGAUGGUAAAGUUUAUUUUGAUGCCAAUAUCUCACAGAUUCAGCAGAUUGUAACACUGAGAUCAGUAGAAAGAAUAUUCGUACAUAUCUUACAACUGGAUUGGAAGACAAUACGAGAAAUAAAUAAAAAAAAGCAGUAUGAUAGGAUUUCAUAUGUUCAUGUGAGACGUGCUAUUAUGAAUGCUGAGAUAUGGAAUGAUCCAAUCAUUCAUCAGAUUCCUCGUGAGGUAUUACAAGUACAGAACACAGCCAUGAUGGAUGGGAGUUCUCCAGAUUCAAAACAUCAAUCCACUUCUACAUGUUCUCGGGUUUUGGAGAAAACAUCAGUUGAUUGUUCACAGAAAUUAGAAAGCAACAAGUCAACAACAACAAACAAUUCAGGACUAGACAAAGAAGGCCCAUCCACCACAGAAAAGGGACUGGACAAAGAAGGCCCAUCCACCACAGAAAAGGGACUGGACAAAGAAGGCCCAUCCACCACAGAAAAGGGACUGGACAAAGAAGGCCCAUCCACCACAGAAAAGGGACUGGACAAAGAAGGCCCAUCCACCACAGAAAAGGGAGUGGACAAAGAAGGCCCAUCCACCACAGAAAAGCAAAAUGAACCGAUGGAUAUUCAGCAUGAUAGAUUGGACAUACAACCAGUUGAUUCUAUGGAAACAAACAAGGCAGACUUACAUAAUGUAGAAAAGCAAAACACUUCAGAUAUUAUCAAGAACACAGAAUGUGAUAAGCAUGACAAUGAAACAAAAGAACUUGACAAAUUAAGCAUGUCUGUUACUGAGAAACAAGAUCCACUGACAGAAACCCCGAAAAGUGAAUCAGAAGAUGGUUUGUUGAAGGUAGAACAAUCUCUAAGGUCUACAAAAUCAGUUAAGAGAAGUUGUAGUCCUACCAAGGAAAGCCCUGAAGAACCAGCAAAGAAAAAAGGAAAGUUAGACUUUACAUUUAGAGUGACUUGUCGUUGCACAGGCUCAGUUGGCAAAUAUGUGUAUGCUCAGGAUCUCCAAAUAAGCAUUGGAUCUAAACUGAAGAAUAUGCUGAACUGGAAAGUUAACCUACGCGACCCUGAUAUAGAGAUCAGUUGCCAUGUCAAUGAUAAAUGUGUUGUGCUAGGAAUUCCUAUAAUGAGAUCUCCACUGUCCAACAGAAGUUAUAUAAAGCAUUUUGGUUUGAGAUCAACAAUAUCUUACAUAAUGUCCAGCCUUCUUCCAUUGAAGAGUGGUGAUAUUGUUUUGGAUCCAAUGUGUGGAAAAGCUACAAUUUUGGUGGAGUCUGCCCAUGAAAAUAAGACUGUUACAUACAUUGGCAGUGACAAAGAUGAUAACCAGAUUAAGUUCGCUACAGACAACAUUCGCUUUGCCAAACUUGACAAUAUUCAUAUAUUUAAGGGUAGUGUGUUAGAGAUGCCUCUACGCUAUUGUUCCAUAGACCAUGUUUUGUGUGAUGCUCCAUUUGGGAAACAGCAUAAGGUUGAUUGUGAUCUUGAACAGUUCUACACAAGAUUUCUCAAUGAAGUAACAAGAAUACUAAAACCAGAUGGAAAUGUAGUUCUUUUGACAAGUCCUGAAAUGGAACGAUUCCUGUUAAAAACUCUUUCUAAGAAAAAUAAAUCCAAGCAGAAAAAUGUUAUUCAAGAAAAAGACAUUAAGACAGAUGAAAAAGGUUCUUCAAAAUGUACAAACAAUGCAAUUAGAAGCCGAAGUGAAAUUGAUAUUAAGAAAGGAGAUAACACUUCUCAAAUUGAACAAGAUGAUCUCCAAAACACAAUAAAAGACUUGAAACAGAAAAAUGAUAUAAAAAAGGAAGAUAGCUCUUCAAAGAUAAGUUUAAAUAAUGAUCCAAAACAGGAAAAUGACAUUGAGAUGGGAGAUAACCCAUCAAAGACAGAUAACACUGCAAUGACAAGUAAAAAAAAUGAUCAAAAACAGGAAAGUGACAUUGAAAUGGGAGAUAACUCAUCAAAAACAGAUAAAAAAGAUAGAAGUAAUCUUAAAAGUACAAUUGACGUCACUAUCGUAGGAAAUGAUAUUGUUAAUCAAGAUUCUAAUUCGUUAGAAAAGAAAAAAAGAGACAUACCUAAUACAGCCAUUGAUGAAGAAUCUGGAAGCCAAACAGGCAUUGAAGUAAAAGACUUGAUAAGCAAAAGGCAUCAUAACAGAAUAUUAGCAAAUGCAACAGGUAGAACUGCUGACUGGGUCAACUCAGUUGAAGACACUUUUGUAAAAGAUGAGUUAUCAUUUAUGAAGUUGUUGUAUGUGGACAGUCAUUAUAUGAAAUUGGGAGAAACUCAUGCAUAUAUUUGUAUACUACAUAAAAGCAUUGUGUAAAAUUCAAGAAAAUGUAUUUCAUUUUAUUAUUUCUAUACAUUUUACAUGAUACUGAUUAGUUAUAAUAUUAGGAAGAAAGCAUAUGGUGUUAAUCAACAAGUUUACCUCAGCAAUUUAUUCAUGCAACUUGCAAAUGUGUCAAAGUAAAUCUCCUCUAAUAUGAAAACAUAAAAUAGUAAGGAUAUCUUGAAAUAGAAAUUGUUGCCGAGUUUGAUUGAAAGGGCUGAAUAUGAAGUAGAAAAAAACAUACACAAAUGAAAUAACAUAGGAAAAAAGAUAAUUUGGUUUCCAGUAUAGGUAUAGAUCCACUAAUUCAGGAUCGAUCGAAAAGAACAUACAAGAAAGUAGUACAUAUUUUAAACAAAAUAGUUCCAACGCAUAGCUAUAUCUUUGUCAAUAGUGGGAAUAUUUAGGUAGUUUUUGUAUCAACUCUCGUUGAAAGUUUUACUUGAAUAAUGAAGAAGUAUAUGAAAUUUUGAUAGGAGGGCACAUUUGGCCUGUUGUUCAGAUGAGACCAGAAGUAACUGUUUUUUGUGCUAUCAAACUUCUUGGAACUAGUAUGCUCUAAUAUGCAAUUAAAGGUAUAUUGAUUCUUUCACCACAAGUCAAGAUAAGGUACAGUUUUGACAUGAGAUAAAUGCCACUUUGUUUGAACUUAAGACAAAGUAGCCAUUAAUGCUUGAAAUAGCAGAAUUUAACAUAGAAAGCAAUGGGGCGAUGAAUUAGUGGUUUUAUACCUAUAAUAGACUCAUCAAUCCCUUUUCGUUUCAAAACAUUUUCCUGUGUGAUACCAGAGAAGACUUUAAAA